AUGAGCGGUAUACAGGAUUCGAAAGGUUCCGAUAUAACACAUUCCGAGAACCAACUACAGUUGACUCACAUCGAAAGGUCUGAUCACGAACUACCGAACCAAAAUCACAUCCAGUCUCAAAAAUCACCCAGACCCGAGGUGGAUGCAGGGCUAGUACUCGAUGAGGAGUUAAACAUGUUGCUCACAACCUCCAACCCACAACAACAACAACAACCAGAUGAACAUGAGAAAAACAAAGGGUCUCAAGAAUCCAGUUUGAAUGAACCUGUUGUAGGAAGCUCCAAAACUGCAAGCAGCGCUCAAACCCCACUUUUACAACUUACAAAUAGCCCAAAGGCUGCAGAAGCUGGAUCAUCGACACAAGAGAUAAACUCAACCCCUACGCAUGAUCCUACCAUCAAGUCGAUUAAUAAGACAGAGAAAUCAAAGCGAGUCACGAUGCAACAAGAUCAAGAUGUCGACGAACUGGCAUCGCAUUCGCGAGUCUCAGCGUAUGCAAGGCUAGAUUUUGAAAACAACGUAUUUUACGUUCAAACUUUACAGGUCGUGCUAGGUAGAAAGUCAAAUGACGAUUUGAUCCAACAAGACGUGGAUGUGCACUUAUCCGAAAGAAAAGCGAUUUCAAGAAGGCAUGCCAAAAUUUUUUACAACUUUGGCACUCAAAGGUUUGAGAUAUCGGUUUUGGGAAAAAAUGGGGCUUUUGUAGACGAAACAUUUGUCGAAAAGGGCGUCACAAUUCCACUCACAGAUGGAGUCAAGAUUCAAAUUGGUGAUAUAUCCUUCAAAUUUAUGCUACCUGCGCCUCCACCCGAGGCAUUGGAUCAGCAAAAUAAGCCGAAACAGUUUAAUCCCAGUGAUGCUAUCAACUUAAAAUCCAAUUUGUUUUCAAAAACUCCAAUACAAAAGGAGUUACUCAAGAAACUGUACAAUAUUGAAAACAAUCAUGAUAAUAAGCUGUCUUUGCGUAAAAAAUCAAUGAGUAGGCGAGAUUCAUUAUUGAGAAUUAGGAAGCUAUCAAAUGCAAGAAGGAAGUCAGCGGCAGCAAAUGACGAACUCAAUGAGCUAUUGAAAGAUUUAGGAGUAACAUCGAUUGAAAAUAUCAAUGAGGAAGAAUCGGAUUUGCUAGAUGCACAAAUUCAAAGUCUUUUGAACGAGGACAAUGAGAUGGGUCUUGGUGACAGUGUGAUCAAUCUUGCUCGUAUGAAUGAAUCUGCCAUCGCGGACGAUGAUGAUGACGAGUUUGAUUUGGUUAAAGGCAUCGAACUAGAUGCAAAGAUGGAGAAGGAGAUCUCGGACAUCGAUGCUAGCAUCAAUCAGCUAAAUCGAGAGAUUGCUGAAUUAGCAACCCAAAGCGGUAAUGAAAGUUUAAUCUUGGAGAAGGAUGAUUUAAGAAAGAGCCUAGAGGAAACCAAGAAACAGAAGAGGGAUAACAUUUCUCAACGCAGGUCAUCAUUUGUGAAAAAUGUUGGACCUUUGCGUUCGACCCCUUUAAUGGGCAAGCCUGCAUCAAUUCGGCCAGCCAUAUCUUCGCAAUUAUACAACAGGUUCGGAUCAACAGACAGAUCAUUGCCAUUUUUAGCAAACCCGGCAAUGCCACAUGCUAUACCUCCCAAAUUGGAAGCACCUAUUUUCCCAGUAACAUCGAAUCCGGGUGCUAUACGAACACAACCUCCCCCACGUGUGAUUGCGGUUGAUGAAAAAUUACAUAUUGCAUCAUACUACUAUCCAAAAACACUGGAACAACCAUCUCAGUUCCCUAAACCAAAGGCUAAGAAAAUCAUACCUCGGAAAACCCCGAAACGCGUUUAUUCAAUUGACGAGAUACCAGAGCAAUAUAGAUUGAAACCCAAUCUUACAUUUACAACGAUGGCCACAAAUGUUUUGAAUACAUCUGCAGCUAGUAAUGGAUUGACUAUAAAUGAAACCAUCGAUGCAAUAAAGGAAGUUUAUCCAUAUUUCAAGUAUUGUCAAGAAGGCUGGCAGGCAUCCAUAGCCCAUUGUAUUAAAAACACGAAAAUAUUCAAACGAAUUUCAAAAAGGGAACAUGAAUGGCUCUAUACUAUGGAUGAGGCUUACAAGACUGAAAGGGAUAGCAUCAAAGCUAAGCACAAAGAAUUUAUGGAUGCAAUGAUGAAGGCGGAAAUUCUUCGACAGCAAGAGAUUCGCCAAAAUCAAAGGAUGGGACAACAGGAUCUCAGCAAUCAAUUGUACAUGAGCAGAAAUUUUCAACCUCCUUUGCCGACAUCUGUACCUACAGCGCAGUACAAUAAGGGAGCACAACAAGGAGGUGUACAUGUUGCGACUCCUUCGAAACAGGUUGUUCCAGUCACAAACUCUCAGUCAUCAGUACCACCAACAAAUGAUUCAAAAACCCAAAAGUCGUUAGAUUAUUUGCGUGCUGAAUUAUUUACCUUGUACAAGUCACGGAAUGUUGCUUAUGACAAAAUAACAGCGACACAGCUUAUAACGAAAGCGUUAGCCACAACGAUAGCCCAAGUAAACAGCAUUGGUGCUAAAGCCGGGUGUGGCGACAACGCAUUGAAUUUUUUGGUAGAAAAAGCUCCACAACAAGUGAGCAAAAUUUUGGACAUUGCUUUGACAAAAUCCAUCAAAGAGCAUGACAGUGGAACUGGUGGUCUGACAUUGGCUGUGAGCACGCCGUCAAGAAACAGUCCAAUACCAGCUGCCUCGCAGCCGAUCAAUAAGGGUUUUGAAAAUCUGAGCCUGAUAACCAGUCCUCAUCCAAAAUCGGAAAUUACAUCUCAAGAUUUGCAUCUCCAGCACUCACAUGAACCUCUGGAACAACUUUUUCGUACAAACUCCCCUUCUCAAGUGGCGCAUGACUCGUCGCAACUGACACCAGCACCAAAUUCAACCUUGCCGCUUAAAGUUGUCAAUGGACCAAAAUCACAGACGACGCUGCCGUCACCUCGUCCCUCCAUGAAAUCAACUUCAGACCCGCCAUUAUCACGUCCUCUGUUUGGAAAGCCACCAAAUUUGGGAAGACCGGGCUCAUAUACGAGACCCCAGGCUUAUGGUAAGCCACCGGGAGUGGGAAGUGGUCUUUCUCGACCUCCAACGUUUUUAUCAAACAAACCAACUUUUCAAUCAGGGAUUAAAAGGGAAGCGGAUGCUGAAGGCUAUGACAACGAGCAACCCGCUAAGGCUGCAAAGAUUCAGUAG